AUGCUCCUCUCCCUCCUCGCCACAAUGCUCGCCGCGUCGCCGGCCGCAGCUCUCACCCCCCUUGCCGACGACCACCUCCGCAGCAUCCCCUCCCCAGGCUCCGACUUUGACAUCCACACCGGCAAACUCCUCGCUCCCAUCCUCAUCCCCCGCGUCCCAGGCACCGCGGGCAACCGCCUCGUCCAGAAACACCUUGUCGACUUCUUCAGAGACUCCCUCCCGAGCUGGCAGCUGACUUGGCAAAACUCGACGCAAAGGACGCCCCUGAGCGGCGACAAACCCGUUCCCUUUUCGAACCUCAUCUUCAGGAGGGACCCGCCCGGAACGCAGGCGGGCGACGUGGCGCGGCUGACGCUCGUCGCCCACUUCGACAGCUUGGCGAAGCCCGAGGGCUUCAUCGGCGCGAUCGACUCGGCUGCGCCGUGCGCUAUGCUGAUGCACGUCGCGAGGAGCAUUGACGAGGCGCUGACCAAGAAGUGGAACGAGGGGACUGCUGGCGGGGUGCGGGAAAAGCAGGGCGUGCAGAUCUUGUUCUUGGAUGGCGAGGAGGCGUUUGUUAGCUGGUCCGCGACGGAUUCUCUAUAUGGAGCGAGAUCGCUAGCCGAACACUGGGAAUCAGACUUUCACCCCCCAAUGUCGACUUACAAGACCCCCCUCGAUGCCAUCAGCCUGUUUGUGCUGCUCGACCUGCUGGGGUCGCCCAACCCCAGAGUCCCGUCGUACUUUCUCCCCACGCACUGGACGUACCAGAGCAUGGCCGCCAUCGAGAAGCGCAUGCGGGAGCUCGCUCUUUUGGAGUCGAAGCCCAGCCAGCCGUUUCUGGGGGAUUCGAACAAGGACGCGCGCAGCUUCUACGGAGGAGGCAUAGAAGACGACCACAUCCCGUUCAUGCGCCGCGGCGUGGAUAUUCUGCACAUCAUCCCCUCGCCGUUCCCGGCGGGCAUCUGGCAUCAGAUGGCGGACGAUGGGGCGCACCUGGAUCUACCGACCACGAGGGACUGGGCCAAGAUUGUGACGGCGUUUACGGCCGAGUGGUUAGGCUUGGGGAAACACCUGCCGGCAAGGGCGACCGCCGGGGCGACCGCCGGGGCGACGGGCGGUUCGACUACGGAGUCGACGCUCAGCAAGAGGACCGAGUUGUAG